CACAUAUUCGCCGUGGCCGAUCGCACGUACCGCAACCUGCAAGGAAAUCCGACAAACUCCUCCGGGAAUCAGACCAUCGUGAUCAGUGGUGACAGCGGAGCGGGAAAGACGGAGAGCACCAAACUCCUCCUACGUCACCUGGUGAGGCGGAGCCGAGGAAACAGCCAACUGUGCCAGCAGAUCCUACAGGUGAAUCCGUUGUUGGAGGCGUUUGGAAACGCACAGACGGUGAUGAACCAGAACAGCAGUCGGUUUGGAAAAUACAUCCAGUUGCGGUUCAGCCAGGGAAAUGUGAAGGGAGCGAAGAUUAAUGAGUAUCUCCUGGAGAAAUCACGGGUGUCUCACCAAGACUCUGGUGAACGCAACUUCCACGUCUUCUACUACAUGCUGUUUGGUUGUCCGGCUGGAGGAGCGGGAAGUGUACGGCCUUCUACAGCCCUCCAUGUACAGAUACAUCGGUCAGGGCCACGAGGAGUCGUGUUC